AGCAGCAGCAACAGUGUGGUGCUCUGGCUCUCCAGCUCUGCCCGGCAGCUGAAAUCUCCAGCUCGCCGAACAUCUGCAAGACAAACUUCCCAUGUUCUCCUGUAUCUGAAUGCUGCCUGACUGCACCGGGAACAUGGGCACGGGGGAUUAUCUCUGCAUUGCUAUGAGCGGAGGGGCGCCCUGGGGCUUUAGACUGCAAGGUGGCAAGGAGCAAAAGCAGCCUUUGCAGAUCGCCAAGGUUCGCAGCAAAAGCAAAGCAGCCAAGGCUGGGCUGUGUGAGGGGGAUGAGGUGGUGUCCAUCAAUGGCAAGCCCUGUGGAGACCUGACCUAUGCUGAAGUCAUUGUUCUCAUGGAAAGCCUGACUGACGUCCUGCAGAUGCUUAUCAAGAGAUCCUCCAGUGGAAUAAACGAAACCUUGAGUGCUGAAAGAGCAAAUGGAAAGCCUGAGAACAUAAAAAAUGAGGACUAUAGGGAGAACACCACACUGCAAAUUACCACGGCGAAAGAGAGACCCCGUGGAGAUUUAUGCAUCACAGAGAUAUACAGUGGGACUCACCAGGGAGCAGCAGAAAGCAACGUAAACUUUUCUGAGACAAAACAAGAGACCACACAAAGCCACAGAAUUACUCCUAAAGUGAUAGGCACCUCCAAAGUGCUCGUGGCAGACGAGGCUGCUCUCAGAGGGAAGACAGAAGAAAGAAGGCCAGGGACUGUGGUUGAGCUGCAGUUGUCCCUCUCCAAUGACACCCACAAGGGCACCAGUGCUCCUGCUGUGACUCUCCUGGGAGCAGAGAAAUGCCCCCCUUCAGCAAGAGGAGCCAGUGUACAACAGGAUGGGACCAGCCCCCUCAUCACAAUUCCCCUAGGUGUGAAAGAGGGCAACGUCCAGUGGUCAAACAAAGUAGUCCAAUUUUCCAGCAGCAAAGAGGUCAAGAGGAUCCAAGGUGCAGUUCCAUCUAUCCCCAGGGUGGAGGUGAUCCUAGACUGUUCAGACAGGGAGCAGGAAGCACCCAGGUCUCUGUCUGAAAGGGGGUGUGUUGAUUCUCAAGCAGAAGGAGGGCAGUCAGAAGCACCUCCUUCCCUCCUCUCCUUUGCAAUCUCACCAGAAGGCACAGAGCAGGGAGAAGACAACAAGCCCUCGGAAAAGGAACACAGACCUCUCAAGCACAGGGCAAGGCACGCAAGGCUCCGACGAAGCGAGAGCCUGUCAGAGAAGCAGGUCAAGGAAGCCAAAUCUAAAUGUAAAAGUAUUGCACUGCUGCUGACAGCAGCUCCCAACCCCAAUUCCAAGGGGGUGUUGAUGUUCAAGAAGCGCCGCCAAAGGGCGAGGAAAUACACUUUAGUGAGCUACGGGACUGGGGAGUUAGAACGGGACGAAGACGAGGGUGAGGAGGGCGAAGGUGAAGAGGGGGACAAAGAAAACACCUUUGAAGUGAGUUUGCUUGCAACCAGCGAGUCAGAAAUAGAUGAAGAUUUCUUCUCUGACAUUGAGAAGGACGGUAAGGUUGUGACCUUUGACUGGGACAGUGGUCUACUCGAGGUUGAGAAGAAGACAAAGAGUGGAGAGGAGAUGCAGACGCUCGCAGACAGCACAGGGAAAGGGGCCCUCAUGUUUGCCAAGAGACGGCAGAGGAUGGAUCAGAUUACGGCCGAGCAAGAGGAGAUGAAGGCCAGCACAGUGCAGACAGAGGAACACAGGGAAACCACCGUGACAGAGAACUUCCAGAAAGUAAGCUCUUCAGUCUAUCAAUCAAAGGAGGAGGAAACAUCGAGGCAGCAGACCUGCGUGAGCAAAAGCUACACAGACGUGAGCCAGAACCACAGCAAAAUGGUGCAACAAAAUGGCUUUGGCUUAGCACCAGGCACAAACCUCCCUUUUCAGUCCUCUGGAGCCCCCAGAGCACCAUCUUUGAAUAUAACAGCUAAACCCUUCCCUUCUGGGGUUCAAAACCGAGCAGCUGCACCAUUUUCACCCGUAAGAAAUGUCACUAGUCCUCUUUCAGAUGCAGCAGCGCCGCCUCCCUACUGCUCUGUCAGCCCACCAGCCGAGGCUUUCUACAGACCUGUGUCAGCUCCUGUGGCCAGCAAGGCUGCCCCAAGCAUGUGGGCACCCACGGAGCCCACGGAACACAUAGCAUCCAGAGAUGAAAGGAUUGCCGUGCCAGCCAAAAGAACUGGCAUACUGCAAGAGGCAAAGAGAAGAAGCACUUCAAAACCCAUGUUCAACUUCAAAGAUGCACCCAAAGUAAGUCCCAAUCCCGCCCUCUUGUCCCUUGUACACAAUUCAGAGGGCAAAAAAGGUGCUGGAGCUGGUUUUGAGUCAGGACCUGAAGAAGACUACCUCAGUUUGGGAGCAGAAGCUUGCAAUUUCAUGCAGACUCAAGCAUCUAAACAAAAGGCCCCUCCUCCUGUUGCUCCAAAACCUUCACUCAAGGUCUCUCCCUCUGCCGGUGCUCCAGUUUCACCGGUUUGGUCACCUUCAGCUGCGGCUGCUAACAAGGCUCCUUCUUUCCCAGCACCAGCCUCACCUCAGGCAGCAUAUCCCGCACCACCGAAAUCUCCACAGUAUCCUCAUUCUCCUGCCCAUCCCCCAAGUACUCUCAACUUAGCUGGUCCUUUCAAAGGGCCCCAGGCGAGCCUGGCAAGUCCCAACUAUGCCCCAAAGCCACCCCCAGUCACACCAAGUGCCGGGGAAACGAAGCCACCCUUUGAGAUGCCACCGGCCAUGAGCGGGAAAGGAGCACAGCUGUUUGCCAGGAGGCACUCCCGGAUGGAGAAGUAUGUGGUGGAUUCAGAGACUGUGCAGGCAAACAUGGCACGAGCCCCAUCUCCAACUCCAUCUUUGCCAGCUUCUUGGAAAUACUCAUCCAACGUCCGAGCGCCUCCGCCCGUUGCUUACAAUCCCCUCCACUGCCCAUCUUACCCUCCUGCUGCUUCCAAGGCUUUCUCCAAGUCUGCUGCUGCCACCACCAAAAACACAAAAAGAAAACCUAAGAAAGGUCUCAACGCUUUGGAUAUUAUGAAACAUCAGCCUUAUCAACUCGAUCCCUCUUUAUUUACUUUCCAACCUCCUAAGGAAAGCCUUGCCAUGAAGCAGACAUCGAAGCUGCCCCCUUCCAAGCAAGCUCUACCUUUGCCUACCUUCCUCCCACCCGGUGCUGGCUCUCCCACCAGGGCCCGGCCAUCUUCAGUGUACUCCGUGCCAGCCUACGGUUCCCAACCUCCGUUCCAGUCAAAUGCCUCCCUCCCAGUAAACGAAUCAUAUUCACCUCCAGGCUACUCUGCAUUUUCUAAGCCAGAAACCACCACCCCCUCUUUGUUUACUGCUCCGAGGCCAAAAUUUUCAGCCAAGAAAGCUGGAGUCACUGCACAGGGUCCUUUUCCAGAUUUGGUAGCUUUAAGAUUCCAAAACAUUUGGUUCUAAAAAGAUUCGCUCUUCCAGUCUUGCCUUUUCCCAUGCCACACCUUUCCUUACCUGAAGCCAAACUCCCAGGAUCCCACCGGUUGCUUUGGUGGUGGUGCUUCGGCACGGCAAGUGCAAACCUUAAUUACACAGCUUGGCACCAUGUUGUAUUCUAAGGACUCUGGUCAGCUUGAAAUAGAAACAUCAUACAAAGAAGAAACUUGACAAGGUCUUCAAAAACAUGUGGAUUCAGAAGCUCUGAAUGAACUCACUGCUGGAAGAUUCCUUGGGAAAAUAAGUGAGCGUGGUAAUUUCAGGGCAGCCCACUGGGUGCCACCAUCACAACUUCACAGGGCCCAGGACAAUGACUGGUCUUUAGGGCAGAAUUACCUUUGCAUGUGGUUGAUUGCAUAGGGAAGGAGUUGGAGUCACUCCCGAGUUAUGCUUGGCAAGUGCUUUUCAGGCUGCUUGCUUACUAAAGGAAGCACUUUAGAUUUUUUAUCAAAUGAUUAAAAAAGUAGGAAAAAUCCCGAAGCCCCACGAAAUACUGUUAGAAGAAUCUCUAAAAAACUCUUCCCUUACAAGCCAUGACCAACCAUAUGAUGAUAUUCCCAUGGGUUUAACAUUUGCUUCCUCAAGUAAUGCAGGCAAAGACUUUUCCUUUCUAUGCUAAUCAAGUCUCCUGUUAUCCUCUGCAGUAUUCAAAGGAAAAAAAUCUAUCCCUGUUCGUAAUGAUCUUGAAAAACUGUCCCAUCUAGAUCUGAAACAACAGAUUGUAACAGAUUUAACAAAUGUACAAGGAAGAGAAGAAAAGGAGGAACGGUAAAAUACAGAACUAAAUAAAAAGAAGUAAAACACACUGCCAGUCACAGGAGCACAUGUUGGAUUACAAAGGGUGACAUGAAGCACAACACUUGCUGAUUUUAGUAUGAGCUUUAACUGACUGCAAAGCAAAGAAUUCAGUACAUUUCUAUUAGAAGCAAAGGUUUUCACACAGUAACGACCUACGGACAAAUAUUUUCAUUAUUUUAAAGGAAAGUUCUUCUUUUCCCCAAUGAACAUCAGUAACUGCUAGUGAUUUUUUUCUUUAAUUUGUGAGAAUGCUACUUCUUAGAGCCUCACUGUGCAGGUUGUUGGUACACAGCUUUACACUGUGAACAAAAGCAAAGCAUGGGAAUCUGGGUACACUUAGCUUUCUUCCAAGAGUCUUGGGAAUUUUCCCCCGCCAGGCUUAUAACUUAGAAGUGGAAUCUAAGCAAUACCUGCCUGAAGUUUAAUUUUCUUUAGUUCAGCAAACAGUUCUAGCAUGUACAGAUAUUUCUGCCAUGCUACCUGACUGUCUUUUAUUAACCAAACCAGACUGCAAGUCUCUUCAGAAGAGGUUUCCAAAUACUUCCUUGCUGUUCGUUUGGCUGAUGUCAGAAAGUGCUGAGGUGUGACUAAUGAGAAAAAAAUUCAUGAUGGCAUUGUAUUAAAAAAUCAAAAGAUUAAACAAAGGAGAGGCAGCAAUGUAUGUUUUUAAUAAUGGUAUGUAAUUCUACACCUGUGCUGUGCUCUGCUGCACAGCUGGGAGCAUUCCAGAUAAUAUAAAAUCAUACAAAAUGAUAAACUUUUCUCAUGCUAGUAUUACUUUCAGAGAGGUGUUUUGGUAGAGAAACUUGAUGGAUUUGGUACUGCUACAGGAACAGCACUGAAUCAAGCACUGACACUGUGCAUAUACAGUGAUAAGAAAACAAUAUUAAACACCACUGUUUGGAUUGCAAAAUGGGGCACUUGGAAUUCACGCUGCCUGUGUCAGCUUAAUCCAACCUCUUUGGGUGUUUGUUUGGCCAAAACAUCUGUAAUUAUGUCAUCACCUGCUGCUUUUUAAAGUGUAGGGCUCCAGACUCAGUUCAGGGCACAGAAUGUUCAUCUGACAAAAAGCUCUUUGCUGUUCUGUUUUGACAUUGUUCCGUGCUUAGCACCAUUCCUUACUUAAGGUACACUCUCUAAAACGUGCUCUUUGUGCAGAAUUAUUUCUUUAUAGAUUUUCCCUGUUAGCACCCAAGUCAUUCACAAGUCACAGUUCAUCUUUGCACUAUUCUACAAGUGAGUAAAUAAGGCAUGAAGUGAGUGGCACUGACACCAGGACACUCAGUAGCCUUGGGUGUCCAGCUUGAGGCACUUGGCAUCUCCAGAGUCCAGCAGCACAUGCACUAAUUACUCUCUGUGACCCUUAUGUGAUCCUCAACAUCAGUCUGUGAGCAUUAACAGGUCUCCAGGUGGAAUUCCAGAAAGGAAUUCCAAUCAGAGGAAGCACUUUUUGCACCAGAUAUUCCCUUGCCAGAGAAUCCCAGUGCUUCCUAAAUGAAGCCCUGAAACGGCACCAGCUGUGGCAGAUCCACUUCAGAGACAAGGUUCAGGUUCAAACCAGUUCUAAAGCACAUAAUGGUCCCACUUCUCAAGGGAGCAAGAUCAGAAAAUAGGACCAACUUUGCACCCGUAGCUGUGCAAUAUAAAACCCAGAAGGUGGCAGCAAAUAUUCUUCCUUACCACAAAUAAAUUUCCUAUUCCAAGGAAAUCUAAGAUGCCUAUGGAGAAAAAGUUUCAGCUCUUUGCUUUCUAUAGGCAUAGAAGUACUGUAUUUGGACAAUUGCAUAUGGAUAAAGAUUAAAUGGUAAUGAAAAGCACUGAUUUUCUUUCAUUUACACAGGUGCAAAGUGAGCAAACUGAAUAAGUUAUCACAGGUUAGCAAUAAUUUUAUGGUUUAUAACAACAUUUUGCAGUGGUGGAGGCCUAAUUCUAAUAGUUUACUUUCUUCUUCUACCAUUACUUGGCAAUUGAAAACAACUUUACGGUCAAAAGAAAAAUUUGUCACAAAGCUUACGUGAAAUGGUUGACAGAAACUCUUUCAUUGGGUUGUGUAUGAAUGAUGAAAGUAAGAUUAUUCUCACCUGAAAUAAUGCCACAUUUAUAAACAAUCUGAUUCUGAAUUAAUUAAGUUCCAGUCCUAAAAUUCCCUAUAAAUUUUCGGAAGCAAGCCCUGACAAAACAGCUUGGAGGAAGUCAGGAUCAGGCAUGAACUAUGUGAUUCUGAUGAUUCCCUGCCUCCCCAGCCAUUAGCAUCCCUAUUAGCCAAAAUGCUGCAUUCCCAUUUUGGUCUACUAUAAAUUAUUAACAGAGUUUCAAAUAAAUAUGAUUUUUCCACUUUAUUUCAGUACUUUUGGUAUUUCUAUUGUAAAACAGCUGUAUCAUUUACUGCAGAGCUGGCAGCAUUUCAGAGAGAAGUUAUUUAGUUAUUUUUUCAUUAAUGAAGUUUAAAUUGUAAAUGGUUUGGGAUGAAAAAAGCUGUAUUAAGAUUAGCAAUAUGUCCCCUUCUAUACCCAGUUCAGUUUAAAAAAUCUUAAGUGCCUGUUUGAUGUUUAAAAAAAAUGAAAAGAAGGAAAGAAUUAAAAGGCAUAAAAAUUGAGUAUUACCUAUUUAGUCCUACUCUUUUCUCAGUGGUUUGGUCUCUAACUGCAGUAACCUUUACAAGCCCAAAGGAGAAAUGCAUCACUCUGAACAUUUUAUAAAGGCGGAGUCAUUUUUUGAGAUAAAACAAUUGUUUCACCUACUUCCUCCUCCUUUGUCCCCUUUCUGUGUAAACAUUAGUUCAGCCUCUAUUGUUACCUCAGAUUUGACCAUGCUUUGAUAUGGGAUUAAGGACUAGGACUAUAAUGAAAAGACAAAAAUAAAACUGCUUUAAUGACUUAGACACCGAGGUCCAAUUUUUUCAAGUGACUUAAUCAGGGAGGAGUCUGUGUUGGAGAGAGUUUCACUGGGCUGUGCAGAGUCCAACCAACUUUUGUCUCCUUAACUGGCAAAAAGGCACCUUUAGCAUGUAAACACACACAGUCUUCACUCCCUGAGGAGCUCUGCCACCUGAGGCAAUAAAACAGUUGCUGUGAAAUUUUGCAUUCCUCAUUUGCUUAUAUAUGGAAAUAGUUACUUUAAGAAGUAAUGCUACAUGAAUUUUAGUUUAUAUUAAUACACAUCCUAUAAAUAUCAAGGAUUGCUUGCAGUGCAAUAAAUGUUCACUUGAUUGGCCAGUUUAUAAGUAGUUUUCAUUUUUAAAACGAACAUUAACCUAAACCUACAGUUUAAUCUGUUUGCACAGACACCCGAGGCAGUCAGCAGCUGUCAGGAUUCUAGGAUUGCAAUGGACAGCUCUGAAUGGCCUUUCCUCUUCUUGACAUCUAAGAACCACCUUCCCUUCAACAAAUGUUGUAGAAAAGAUCUUUCUGAAAACAUUCAGGCAAUGGAAAAGAACAAAUUAAUCACUGCAUAGGAUCCUGGUUUGUUUUGCUGUGUAAUACUUCAAUAUUCUAAUAACUGGUUUACAACAAGAGCACAGGAAGACAAUAUGUGAUAAAGUAAUAAUUCUGGUAGCAUUUCACUCUUCUCUCCCUUCUCCCUUGAUUCCUGGGAAGAAGAAUGGAAAAUCUCUACUCUUCUUUUUAUGAUCUUCUUGUAGCGUAAGGGAGAGAGAGGGCAGAGUAAUUAUUCUCUUUGCACUUCAUAUUUCCUACUGUGUCACUUAUGAUCUGGGGUUUGUGCAUUCUUUUUAGUACCUACUUGUCAAAAGCUCUAUCUCCAAGAAUGAAAUGUAAAGGGAAAAUAAUAGAAAGUAUCACCAUGUCUGGCUCCUGCUGUCCAGUAAAUGACUGAGGAAUUCUAGUGACUAAAAGGGGCUGACCACCAAAGUAGUGACAGAGAUUGGUAUAUAAACACCAAAUAUAGACCUGCUUUGAAUCUUGAAAUGUCCAGACCUUGACUUUCAGUCUAGGAACAUGCUACAACUAAUAAAAAUUAACUGGAAUGAAAGCAAGGCAAUACUGAUCAUCUCACAAUUCCUGCAUUUAGAUACAUUUAUAUUUAAGCAAAAUCAUGCUUUUCUACAAGUGCCUAAAACCAAUUUACCACAGAGUAUGAAAGGCCGUGUGAUAUUUUAUAUUCUGAAGCUGAAGAUCUCUUAGUUUCAGAAUAAAGUUGAGUUAGAUAGAAAUAUUCUAUUUUUUAACUCAGUAAAUUACUGCAAAAGCAUGUCACUGUGCAAUGACAAAAAUCUGCUGUGCAGGGUGCUGCUGGAUUGCUUUUAUUACAAAAGAUACUCCCACAACAAUCUAAGCAAUCAGAGGCAUGAUGGCACAUAACUGAUGCAUUUCCUGUAUCUCUUCUACGGAUGAGGAAGAAAUUCAAUAAUUUUCUGUAAAACAGACAUGAAAAUAAGAUAAAUAUUCCCCUGAAUCCAAAGGGUUCAAGGGAACUGUCUCAAGUUGCAGCUACUCCCCAAAACUUAGUAGAAUAGUUUCAGGCCGAAACUGAUAUUUAAUUUUCUUAGAUUUAAUAAAAAUAAAAUUAAUAUACAGUUUUUUUCCCUUCUCUGACCUUGUGGAAAUGCACAUGAUGACAACUGCUAUUUAUUGUAGGAAGAAUGUAAUUCAAAAUGACUGAGGCUCAUUUCAGCCAAACAUAUUUUUACAUUCUUGGAUCUCAGGAGUCUCCAAACCCUCUUCUGCCCACCUUUACCACAGUUAUCACUUUUCUUCUUUGGGAACUGUAGGGAACUCAGCCAGUUUCUUCUGUCAAUAGCUUCUUCCUUCAAAAAUCUUUGGUCAGCUCUUCAUCUCCAUCAAAAGACAGCCAGCCAGAGGCAACAUCAGAACUGGAAGUUAGUAUGUAAGUGGGGAUCUCUCUUAACUUUUCCUCUAAUUCCUUCAGAUCCUUAUGGAAUGGACAAGGUUCUUCCCCUAUACUUCAGCCUCCUUCCAAGUUAAUCACCUGGAAUGCUGUUUGCCCUCCCAGGUUUUGUCCUCUUACAGUCCAAAAAUGUAACUGUCAUUAAAAGCACACACUGUUCAGUCCUCACUCUGUGUAAGGAGAGACUAACCCUUACUUUACCAAAUCUAGAGAAAACGGAUGUGCAAUUUCACAUUUUGGGGUUUUAAAAUUUUAAACCAGCUUAUUAUCAGAACUGUGUCUAAAUACAAACUACCAAGUGAGAAAGGAGAAUUUGACUGGUCUGGGAAUACCAAAACAGGACUUCUACCUUAAUAACACAGUAUAAUGACCCAUUUUCUCAGAAAAAAUAUGAAAUACUCUUGAUAAAUCAUCAUGCUCUGAUUAAACUCUGUCAAAGAAAAUUAAUUCCUGCUUUAUCAAUAAUGGUUACAACUAAAGGAUACUUCUACAGCCCCAUGAACUCUGGAGUUUGAACAUGACAGAUUAAACAGUGCCUUCAUCUAACUGUCUUGAAAAACCAGAUAUUUUAUGCGACACUUCUUUCAACAGGAUCAUUUCCCUACAACUCUGAAAUCCCCACAAAGUACUCACAGGGCUUGGAACUGGAAUUUCCAUUAAAUAAAGGGGAAUUUUUCUGCCUACUCAGCAUAGACAAUGUUUUUGAACCCUCCUGAUAGGAGCUCACACAGGUAGACAUAAGUAGGUAGACCUGUUUGAUCAACAUUUUUAUCCCUCUGUACAACCUUAUCUUCUCAAUUCCUUAAUUUUCUUAAUUACCACUUAAUUUCUUGUGGUUCAGGUUAUCAGAUUAAUUUCUAACAUGAAAGUUUGCCCUAAGUAUGUGGGGGUAGGAUUACCAAUGUUUGGGAUUUUCCCCUGUGGAAAUGCAAGCUGGGAAUAGCUGGUCAGAGUUAAGAGGUGAAAGGAUAGUCCUGUUAUAAAGCAUUAGUUGUGAAACUUGUUGAAACUCUCAGUACCUAAUCUCUGUGUGUCACUACACUAGAUACUACCUACUGGUAUCUUGUUCAUGCUCACAGUAUUUUAAGUUUUGGAGGCUAAUUAGCAAAAAUUAACACAGGCCAACGUUGUUUGGAUGAAAUUCUAGCAAAGCCUCUGGCAAAAGAGCCUGGAAUUUCCCAGUAGAUUUCAGAAUUAAAGGCCUUUAAACCUCAGGACGUGAAUGAAGGAGUGUAAAUCAAUGAGUUUAGGAACCACAUGUAUAGAGACUUCAGGGACGAUGCAAUUUGUCUGUGUAUCACAAAGCCCAAGUCUGGCCUGGGGAAAGGCUGUACCUGCUUCGUGUGCUGCCAAGUGCCUGCUGCAGCAGAACCUUCUCACCAACACAGUUUCUGUUUCAAAGUGCUGCAGUACUAAGAAGAUUAGGAUUUGUCAAAUAUGAAUGGAUUGCUCCUAUAAGUGGGUCGGAAUGUACUGAAAUUCUGAGGGCAUUGCCUUUUAAAGAAGCCAAAAGUAGUGCCGUGUAAGGGUAUUUAGUGAAUGAUUGCAUUAAUGUCUUUAAUUGUUUCUGUUCAUUUUUGUGCCCUUUAAAGAGAAAACAAGCAUAAGUUAAUGAUUUUUGAGUAAGAAAACCCUUUCUUAAAAGGAGAAUGCCAAAGAUAUGUUCUUGGACAGAUGUCCUAGACAGAGCCUGUUAUCAAAUAAAUUAGGCUGUGCCUAAUGUUAGAAAGAAUCUUGUAAACACACACAGAACUGUCACAACAUGACUUCCUUUUGCAUUAAGAAUGGUCUUUUCAGAGCAAGGCACAGUAGCUAAGUAGUGGGAAAGCUGCACAGUUGCUAAUGUCAUCGUGCCUCUUCAGUAAAAGCCUGUUUACUUUCCUCAAAAAUCCAGUUUACUCUGUCUUUGUUCCUGUUUCUUUCUCUGCCUCCUUUUUAAUGCCUCCUGUCUUUCCAGCAAAUUAAAGAUUUUAAAAAUACCCACAGAUGUAAAAAGGGACUGCCAGGAUGCCACGAGCUUCCACGGGCUGUUGUUCCAGUUUGGGAGCAAAGAGAAGAUGCCUCCUUUCUUGCUGUUUACUAACUGUAACUGUACCUGGCAUUUUAUUU